AGGAAUGUAGCUUUACUUAAAAUAGAUUUCAAAACGAGGUUGUAUAUAUAUGAAAGAUGGCGGGAUCAGUGCGCAUAGCUAACCAAAGUGUUUGGCAAUUUAUCAGUGGCACUGGCAUUCUUAGACCAAAGGAAUUGGUUGCCAUUGAACUAAAAGAGAACAAACAUAAAAUUUUGAAUGGCCUUUUAUAUUACAAAAAAUCCUCGAAAAAAACUACCAACCUGAAGAAGGAGCGCAAAGUUCCUGAUCAACAAAUUGACUUCAUUCAGAAACUGAGUAUUUUCUUGGGUCUGGAUGAAGUACAGACAUAUGAUCUUUUUUGUUCUUUCCUCACACAUGGGUACCAUAAUUCAGAAAAGAAUUUGAAGCAAAUUUUAAACAAUGAACAACACACUAAAGGUCUAAUGUUAAAGCUACAAGAUUACUAUUUUAGUGAGCGACUUUAUCUGCUUGGUUGCCUUAAAUACAUAAUUAGUAAUGGUCAAGAGAUCAGCACACAUCCUUACCAGGAUGUCUAUUAUGAAUUUCUUAUGUCACUACAGAAAGAAAAUCAGCUCAUCAAAAGUCUUGAGUCCCAACAUGAUGCUUGCUAUGAUGCUGAUACACCAACUUGGGAAACACAUGGACCCCUUAUGAAUAAAAAGAAUUCACUGAUAUGGGCAAUUCAAAAUUUAAAAGAACAGUGUGAACUUCUGGAAUGCAUGCUUAUAUCACUUGGAGAUAUUGCAGAAUGUGAUUCAAAAAAAUUCAUAUUACUUCUUGAUAAAUUCAAGAAUCAAGGUUUUGGUCAAUGGCAGAAAUUCUGCCAUGUACUUGAUGUAUCUUCUGAAAAGUACCUGAAAAAAAUUGAGUACUUACAAAUUAUCAUGAUUUUGAAGAUCCUUGACUUUGACUUAAUUCAGCUCUGUGCUAAGAAUAACAGCUUUCAUCUGCAUCCCUUAUUAAAAGAUAGUGAAGACUUCAAAACACUUGACAAAUCUUUUCGAAGUCUGUCAGGCUUACCAACUCAUGGACCACUUCUUCUUGGUUGGACUGUUACUCGGAGUUGCCGUAGUGUGGACCGAGAAGAUGAACGUACCAUACGUAAACUUGGUUCACAAGCUACCCAACUGAAGUCUUUAAAUUAUAUAAGUACUAUGCUAGAAGGACCACAUUUUUCAUGUGAUAAUGUUGUUUCAUCAGUUGCAUACUGUACUGUAUAUACCCUCCUCUGUACAUUACUUGAUCAGUUUCAGGAAGACACUGUAGGUGGCGUAGAGGUUCUUUGCACAGUAAUAUCUCAACUUUUGAGUAAACCAUCUAUUGCUAAUGAUAUGUGGAGACAGGGUCUAGAGGAAGGAGUUGGGAGCUUCUUUCAACUAGCCAAAGACCGAUUUCCUUUGAGUUUUUCACUUCUGAUGCAGCUAAGUAUCAAAUUAGCAGCUGCAGGAACAGAGAGUGCUAUGAAGGUAUUGAACUCACUUAACACUCUCCCUAAAUACACAGAAUACAUGGACAAAAAUAUCAUUGCAGAAUAUCAACAAAUUGUUGAUAUAACUUUGUGUCAACUCAAUGUUGAUAGAUAUAUUUAUUCAAAUGAAGAGUUUGUUAUACCAGCUGGAACUUAUGGACAUUAUCAUAUGGAAUCAGCCACUAAAGGACCAGCUGUUGUUCAGUGGACGUUUACUUAUAACUGUUGGACAUUACUCAAAUGUGAACUCCAAGAACUUCUACUUCAAGUUACAAGAUCUCCAAAUUUUAUUGAUAAUGAACAGACAGAUCAUGCAUGCCAAAUUGUCAAUCUUAUUAAAUCAAUAAUUACAAAUGUGCCGGAUUCUGUAAACCAGUUUGAAGAAAUAACAGAUCUUUGCUACCAAAUUAUACACAGAUUUUCUGGGCUAACAGCUCCUCCUUUGGACCUCCUUGGUGCCUGUGUUCAAACUCUCACUCAAGUAGCUAAGAAACAUCCUCAAAAGGUUUGGCUAAAUAUGAAACAAACAGGAUUAUUGCCAUACUUUAGUGAAUACCUGGGGAAAAGAGAUGAUAUUUUCAACGCUCAAGGUUUACGUCCUGGGAUGUAUGGAACCUUACUGGCUGGUAUUGAGUGCUCUCAAGGAAGAUAUCCACUUUCAUUAGCAUUUCUAAACUUUAUUUCUAGCACAUUAAUGGAACUGAGUCAGCUCCCUGUUGACAAUGAAAUGUCAGCAACAGUACUAUUCAUCCUGACAGAAGUAUUCCCAUCAUUCUAUAAAUGGAGAUAUUAUAAUGCCACCAGAAGAGAAGCUAUAGGUCACAAAUGCCUGGAGAUUUUUCACAAUAUUCUGGAUGUUAUGGCUAAACCUAAAAUUGAUCAAACAAAAAAAUUACCCAGUCUACAAGAAAUGUGCGUGCAUAAUUUAUUAUAUACUGAAGCAGGUCAGUCUCUCUUGAAAGUCAUAUCUAUAGGUCUUGAUGCAUUCAAUGACAGUUCUUGUGAGCAGAAAUGGUCUACUGAAAGCAAAGGUAAUGACUUGAUAGACUUGAUUCAGAUGUCUUUCUCAGUGCUGAAUAGGUUAUUGUUACUAAAACCUCCUGAUCUACCUUUGUCCCCAGUGGAGCGAGCACUGUCAUUACCAGCUGCCAGGCAACAAGAGCAGCAUAUAGUGCUCACAGUUGCACAGUAUAUAUUCCAUCAACAUUCACCUAAACUACCAACAAUGGCUAUCCUCUUACUCAAACGACUUGCUGUGGUCUCUCCAAUGUCUAUUCUUGCUAUUUUGGGAAAUGAUGCAGAACCCAUCAGAAAUAAAAUGUUAUCUCGGCUUGCUGCUUUAACUGAGGACUUACAACUAAAAGUUGCCAUUCUUGAACUUCUGUCAGUGUGUGUUGUUACCCAGCCUGGUCUUAUAGAACUGUUCCUUAACUUGAAACUUGAAAAACCUGACAAUCAAGGAAAGAAGGAGUUGACAUUGGGAAGUUCUAGUUGCUUAAAUUCUGUGAUGAACUUGAUUGUUGUAGAGAAACAGAAAACUUACCAAUGCCCUCCAAACCUUCUUUGUGCCUGUAUUGAAUUUCUACAUGCCCUUUGGGCUGGUAUGAGAGAGACAGCAAUGAGUGUUCUCAGAACCAAAGAGAAUUUCUGGGUUAGUAUAUGUGCUCCUCUAAAAGGAGACAUUGAAGAUGACAAUGAAGGCAAAGAGGAAAUGCAGUUGUAUAGGUUUGCUGACAUCAAAACUGUAGCCUAUGUCUUUCUCAUCCUUGCACAAGAGAGUUAUACAGUUCCAAGAGCUAAAUUAGAUGAAAAUUUCAAGGCUGAGAUGGCAGUACUUUCUAAAGGAAACAGAAUAAAAUAUUGGUCUACAUUUAUCAAGAAUUCUCUGAAAGAAAUUGCAGAACAAGAUGACCUUCAUGUCUACUUGACUUAUGACAGUGUCAAAGAUGGUUCCCCAUUACUUCUUCUAAAAUCUUGGAAAAACUGGUUGAUUACAAUCUCUAAGUUAAAGAUUCCUGGUGUAAAUCUCACAGAUGAACUUAAAUCACAAAUUUUGUCUGAUUUACUUUCUAGUAUCCAAUAUUUAGUAAAGGAUGAUUUGUCUUUGUAUAAAGUAAAGCUGGCUUGUAUCACUAGUGCCACUUAUUUCACAGUUAUGACCAGUUGGGUGAGUUCUAUGAAUCAUUGGAGAGAAAUUCUUGAACAGCUACAGCUAACCUUGGACACAAGUUUUAGUAAUAAAGAAUUCCUUAUACCAACUGUUCAGAUAGGUUUGGUGGCUUCCAUGACAACAUUAUUACAACUUCAAAAUCAUCAGCAGGCAAACAUUUCUGAACAGUGUCUGGUGUCACUUCUGAAAAUAGUCUGUUCUAUGCUACUUGAGUGUGUGCGGAACUUAUUCCCGCUUCAAACCGAUACUGCUGAUGAAGUCCCUGAUAAAGACCAAAUGACAUCACUGCAGAGAAAACAGAACACAAAACUCAAGCUCCUAAUGACCAGUGUUCUUCUACUACAAGAAAUUAUUCAGAACUUAAAAGAUUCUAAUUCAUGGAUAUCUGUAUUACACAAUCAUUUGUUGAUCCCAACCUUGUUAGCAACAGUUGAAGUGUGGAUUAAAUCCAAACAAGGAUUGCUGUUCGUCGAUGCCUCUUUGACUCUUCUCUUAACAAUUUCCAAAACUGAACAGGGUGCUAAUAUCCUUAUGUCUGCAGGGUUUGCAAACCAUCUGUGUUUAUCCAUCAGUUCUCUAUACAAUACAGAUGAUCUUUCCCAGAAAUUUUUAACAUCUGGCCGAGAAAGGAAUAUAUCUGAUGAUCAAAACUGGGACAAUAUACUCUGCCACUGCAUUGGCUUAUAUGCUUCCAUGCUGAUGACUCUUAAGUAUUCAUUUUUGAAAGAGGCUCUUGAUUUUAUUGGAGUUCACCAAGACAGACUUCUUCAGUCUUUAGAGUUUGCUCGUAUCAACCUAACAGAACCUGCCUUAAAGGAAGCUAUGGCUACAUGUGGCUUCAUAUACCAAAUGUCAUUUUAUUCAAGAGAGUGGAAGUUUCAUUUACCAAAAGUCCUCAGUAAACUUAUGACCAGUUUUGUGUACAUGUGUCAAGCAUUUGUAUCACUUCUUGUUCGACCACGAUACUUGCAGUAUUUACUUGAGCAUGCUGGCUCUGCAAGGGAAGAUCUUAAUGGAAAACACCAACUUUUUAAUAUAGCUUCCAAACCUGCCUUUUUAGCACAUUCCACACAUGAUGAAUUAGAGCAACCAACAGCUCAGUGUCUAAAAAUACAAAAAAUUAUAAUGACCAUUGUUGGAAUCUGUUUAUCAGGCUUGCGUCAGUUCACUCCAGACCUCUGCGAGAUUCUCAUGGACCAGAGUAUGGAUGUCAGCCGAUAUGAUCCAUUUCUUACCAUUGGUUUUAAUGCUCCAUCUCUUCAGCAAGAUGCUCAACCAACAUUUGGAACUCUACUUGCUUGUAUCAAUAUGUGUAUGACAUUCCUCCCAAAGAUUGAUCCCAGAGCUUCUUCUCCACAGAAAGGAAAUGAUUUUAUUAAUCACAAUAUACCCAAAUAUUUGGUACUGUUUGUUCUAGAAAAUUCUUUAAUGUUGAUUAUGUCCCAAGCUUGUCGAUACCUAAAAGAGCCAACUCUUUCUGCUAGAGACAAACAACUUCUUAAAAGGGAGCUUGGAGCUGACCUUAAUACAUUUUUGCAAUCAAUGCAUCGGCAUAUUCGUAAAGGAGGCACAACUCCAGUCUCUCCAUGUGGAAGUCAACCUCAACAGCAGCAGCCAGUUUCCAAUACUUCUCCUACUGGUCUAUCAAUUGGACGCAGCACAAGUCAAACAGGUUUUACAUCAAAUCCAGAACAAGCUUUUUACAAAUUAGUUAGUGAAUUUGUAACAAAAGUAUUACGAUAACAUGAAAAAGAUUUUGUAAGAACUUUUAUAAGAAAACAAAAAAAUCAAAUUUAUGUAUUUUGAAAUUCAAUAAAUUAAUCAUUUUACUAA